AUGUCGGACAGCCCAGCCAGAAAAAUUCAGCGAUUGGAGUUUCUUAACACUGAUACGAAAUCAUGCAAAUGUGGAGAGACUAUUGAGCGCCUUGAGAAGAUUAUUUCGGAUCUCACCGAACAAGUUAGUUCCUCUCGAGUCGAAACAAAAGAGGCUCUCGAAAAAGUUGUGGAUGAAGUAAGGACCUUAAAAGCUGAACAAAAAGUCAUGGAAAAAAAAAUAGAGAUCCUUGUAGAAGCUUCUUCGGAGCAAACAGCCUCCAUUAAAGGGAUGACCAAGGACCAUGGACAGAUGCAGAAGUUGGCAUGUCAAUUUCCUAUUCAGACCGUAGAUGAUCUGAUUGAGGUUAAUUCGAAUAUAAACAUCGCUAACCGAGAGCUCUAUAUCCAUGCAAUAAAAAAUUUAAUAUUAAAUGGCGGGAUACUAAAAAACUUAAAAAAUAUUUUAGCCAAUGAAGUGGUCUUGGCGUAUAAUGUGGAUGGCGUUCAGCGCAAAGCGUCCUUAAGAAAAGAUGACAAUUUCUUUGGCGUUAUGAUCGAUGCAAUAACUGCAGUCGGCGGUAUUGGCCCAGCUGAGGAACAAUUGAGAAAGGCCCUGCAGCUCCAAAAAAAGAGAUAUUUUAAAAACUCGUGCUGCCUAAAAGCAAUUAAAGAACAAACCCCAAUAGAAUAA